UGCCCAAAUAGCAUUCCGAAGUGACGUCACGGAUUUGACCUGUACAGAGUUGGCCUACAUUGACGGUUCUCCUUCGACAGCGACUAGCCCGUGCCUCUGAGCGGAUUUCUAGUGACAGCCGGCUCGCACAAGGACCUUCUACGUGGAUUUUACCACUGAGUCCAGCCACUGUCCGCUUCUGCUGACCAGAUCUUCAACCGGCGAACAUCACACAGAUCGAGAUGGCACGACGUCCAAGAGGCUAUGGGCUCUCAGCUGAAAUUUCGAAAAAGAUCAACGAUAAGUAUGAUCUCGGUAUUGAACGGGAGGCGCGAGAGUGGAUGGAAGCGUUGUUGGGCCGAUCGCUGUCUGAGAAUGGGGGCGAUCUCGGCGCUGAUGGGAUGCACGCGGUUCUUAAAGACGGAGUCCUACUGUGCCAAGUCAUGAACUGCAUACAACCUGGAAGUGUAAAGAAAAUAAACGAGACGAAGAUGGCGUUCAAACAGAUGGAAAAUAUUUCCCAUUUCCUCGCGUCUGCAGAAAGAUAUGGCUGCUCAAAGACCGACAUGUUUCAAACAGUAGACCUUUUUGAAAAAACCAACAUGGUGCAAGUCGUGAACGCUAUCCACGCACUAGGUCGAAUGGCUCAAAAGAAUGGGUUUGAAGGACCAGGGCUGGGCCCAAAAGAAUCUCAUCAAAACAAACGCGAUUUCUCUGAAGAAACGCUCCGAGCGGGUAAUUCUGUAAUUGGUCUUCAGGCAGGCUCCAACAAGGGUGCUUCGCAAAGCGGCAUGAACUUGGGGAAGAGUCGAUCUAUUCUGGACUAAAGGUUCAAUAGAAGAUUUGACAUCUGAUAACAGCAGUCAUCCGAAUCGGGAACCAGGAGAGGGAAGCUGUGGGGCAGCUUGUGCUUCCUUUAAAGUUGCUGAUGGUGUGUAUCUUGAAGGGAAACUAGCCUCAAUGGUUAAUGGCUGUUAUGAGUGACUUUGAGUCCUACUGUGGUAGAACUUGAGAGAACUGAUGAGGACAUUAUUGUAAUGGUAUAUCAAGUUAGAUUUAACUGCAAAUUGACCCGAGCCUAGUUCCUCUUCAACCACCUCCUACUGAACCAUCGUUGACAGCAACAAUUUCAAAAUCUGAAACGUGAGAGCUCAUUGCUUGUUGAUAACAUGAUAAUUGAUACAACGCAAAAUUCUGGCUUAAGAGAUGUUGCCGUGAACAGACUUCUACAUGAGAAAUGGAUUUUAACAUAGGAUACUCGGUAUAACAGGCCUUUCAGCAUCAUCAACCAAAAGGGUAAGAUGCUGAAACGGCUUUGUGUUGGCAUCAGUAUCUUGGCAUGACUCCCAUUGCUGGCCGAGGUUCAGAAGGAUCUGAUGUGGGUUCUGGCGAGUUUAGUCGGAUGAUGAGGAUGACGUACAGUCUUGCAUGGAUGCUUAUGUAUAUAUAUUCCCUUCAUAAAUAUAACAUCUCUAUUUGUGAACUGUAGCUCUCAGCGAAUGAAUAUUCGAGUAAUAACAACAGAAGUCUUACCAACCAAUUUCAUUUCAAACUAGUUAAUUAAAUGUGAUGUCCUUUAAACUCAGCUUCUGUUCGUUGCAUCUUAAAGCUUCUGUCAUUAAAGUGCUUUGAAUACAUAAUGUUAAUGUCCAAUGUUCAAUUUGCAUGCAGUCGUAUUAAGAGCUUAUAUCAUUUAUUCAGUCUUUGAGUGUAAACUCCGUAUUAGAUCCUAUUUAUUUUGCCUAUCCUUUGAAGAAUCAUGUAACGUUCUGAGUCUUUCGUGAGGUUUCAUGAAGAUAGUCUAGGUAUUGUUGGUGUAUCUAUAUGUACACUGCCUUCCCAGUAUAGUGUUUAGUUUCAGUAUUAGAAAGGGUAUUUGAAUUCAAGCACUGUGUUACUUUACGUUAUCAGGAUUGUAUAGAUUCUAAUUGUGUAUUACACAUCGACAAAUGUUCCACGUACAUGCCUUCACUCAUUUUAAUCCAUGUCUCAUGCAACGUUUACUGCUGAGCUAGCAAUAUUGUUUAUGCAAUCCUUUGCCUUUGAUAUAGACACAUAUAUAUUUAUGGUCACACAUCUUCCCUAACUGAAAUAUUAGCUUUAAUUCAUGUUCACGAUGCUGAUGAAGUAUGCAUGUAUAUAUAGGUAAACAUCAGAGGAUGGAAUUCUGCAAUGUGGACCUGAAAUCCUUUUGAUGUGGAGGCCAGUUUUCAUAUGACUUGGUCAAUUUACGAAUGAAUCUUUCCAAAAUUGCCCAACAUUUUCAGAACCUUCAUUUCCCCCUUUGAUUCUUUUGUCACAUUUGAUUAAUAUAUUAUACACUCGAUGUGAGAGAGGUAACCGUUCGACAUGUAUUUGGGAAUACUAUUUUCACCUAACCGUUAAAUAAUUGCGAACAAGAUCUGUUUUCUCUGUUGCCGAAGUAAUAAAAUGAUCUGGGCCUGGUGAAGCACAUUGAACAUGAUCUGUGUUUAUCGUUUGAACAAUAUAAAGAUAACUUCUUGCCAUUAUGCAGCUGUUCUGAAGCAACAUUGUUAAUACCACCCCGGAAACAUGUAAUGAUAAGUAUGGCAGGUAAACGAACACAUUACCUUCUGUACUGCACUUCAUUCGGCACAUCGGACAUGAAACUUCACCAAACAAUAUUCUCCCACAGCCAAAUGUGACCAGACCCCGAUUUCUCGAAACAAACUUAAGUCUGAGUUUUGACUUAAGUUAAAGUUUUUACUCAAAUUUGAGAAAACUGCAGGGAAAUACAUUUUCCAGAAUGAACUGAAAUCGAUAUUAAUCUCGAACAUAGUAGACAAUUUGAGUUUGGUGGAUAGAUUACUUAAGUUGUUUGAGCUUUGUUAUUUUACAAAUGCCGUUGAGAUUAAAAAUUCAGCCGUUUUAAAUUGUCAAACUCAGUUUGAAAUUUGAUUAAAAACUUAAGUUUGUUUCUAGGAAGUUUAGAUCAGCUGUACUUAGAUUUUAGAAAUAAAGUGACAAGAAUUAGAUAGAACCAAUGAGUCAUUUGUUCAGAAGCCGGGUGAUGAAUGUUGUGUGUGCAUCGUCGAACCCAAGUCAAUAUAGCUGAAACUGUCAGCAUUUCAUCUGUGCUUAUGGGACCUGAAAGCAUGUGUUCAUAUUAAACUGUGUGCGGAUGUUGAUACAUGCAUUGUCUUGAACGACAUGAUAUUAUUCAUUAUUAUUUUAUAUCUUUUACAUGAAUAUACCAUGUAAGCAACAAAAUGAAUGCAUAUGAUAUCUUCAUACAUAAACGUCAUAUGUAAGAAAUUGCAUUUCAUUGAUUAAACAGAUAUUUAAACUGUCA